UCCCAUGGCCAAAUCCAUCCAGCUUUGCAAAAGAAAAAGAAAAAAAAGCACCUGUUAAGUUUGUGGAGAAUAACAAUAUCAAUGCAGCCUGUGUCCAUAUGAUUUAGAGGUGGGGAGCCAACACAUUGAACAUGUAUACAGGGAGAUACCUGUUUUAAAGCGAACAAUCUGAUGGUGGAAAUGACAAAUAUCUGACUUCCUACUUAUCCCUUCUCUAUUGUCUUAUGAGUUUGGAAGCUUUAAUGUUCGAUGUGGCUAAGGAUCCUUAGAUGGAAAAGAGCUAAAAGUGUUAAGUCAAGCAAUCCCUUCCUGCUUACUGCUUUGGUCCUGGACUCCCGGCUCUGUGCCCUUGGCCUGGAUUAGAGUUGCUUUCUGUGGGAAAAGCUUCGGAGCGGGAGCUCCCAAUAGCACCUGUGUUUUGCAGGGGUGAUAAAGAGGCUGUGAGAAGAGAUCCAUCAUAGGCAGGUGCUCUCAGGGGAGAAGAAUGUCCCACUGGGCAUGGCGGUGAAGGCGCUGGUGCAACAGCAGCGGCCGUGAAACCCCCUCAAUCGCUUUCUGCCUCUCUCUCUCACCUUCCUGACAGCUUCUGCUUUAAAGCCAACUUGGGAUCUCCAAAAGGAGGAAGGGCCCCAAGGUGAGAUGAGGCAACAGCUCUCCCUCUUUGCACACAUAGAAUUGUUGUUAGAACAGUAGUCUCGAAAAGAGUCAAAACUGUUUGUAGUGACCCCGGAGACUGGCUCCAACCAAAAAAUAUUUCACAAAACGCUGAGGCAUGUAUAUUUCAUGAGUGUGUUUAUAUAGUGGAUUAGUUGCAGUGCGUAAUUGCUCUUAUAUGGCUGCUCUGUUGGUGAAUGCAUGGCUGAGAGAGGCUUUUAUGAAACCCUGCUCUGUCUAGGCAUUUAGCCCUGCUGGUUUCCAUUACAUAUUAGUAGUACAUCUUGGGGGGGGGUACGUUUUUGACUGUAUAUGUCAUAGGUACAGCUCUGAUUGUACAUUCACUUUAUUAUCUCUACGGUCUGGGGGCAGGGAGAGGAUUAAGAUGCUAUUUGGCUCUAUUCCCUUGUAUUUUAUGAGCUAUUAAAAUAUGCAGUUUUAAGGAAGUGUGAAAUGAGAAUAACAAUGAACCUGUGAGGGUGGAAUCCUCCUUUAUGAACCAAGAUAAAACUUCCAUUUGCAGCCUUGUUGCCUCUCAACUGUGAUAUGUACUUAUUGACCAUCUCUAUUGGACAUUCUAUUUUUCAUCUUCCAGUCUCUGUCUUUUUUACCUAGGCAUUCUUUCAUGUGUCUUCUGCCUUUAUCUGUAAGGCCAGACUUUUCACAAAACCCUCAGAGCUUAAAGGCUGUUGCAAUGUUUCUCUCACAUUUGCAAACCUCCCAAAGUGCGUGCGUGCAGCAGCUAUUAUGGUGAGCAGCUUAAAGCAGCCUUCCAUGUGAUAGCAAUUUUGUGUGUAGAAACCCUCAAAGCUUGUCUACACACCAGUGCUGAACUGAAUUUGAUUUACCUGACAGCUAGUCUUCAGUGUCUGCUACACUGAAUACAUGUGACCAUCAGUGUACAGGUGCUACUAGAUCUAAUAUUUGAUCAAUUUACAUUCCACCACUUGGAAGAGUAUAGCAAUCAUAUACACCUGCUUUUCAUGGUCACGACUUGUCUUUCUGUGUACUUCCUUGUCUCUUCUAAUGUGUUUCCUCACUUCUCCUGUUUACUGCAAAACUACAUGUUAAUGCACCCAACUAAACUGUUUGUUUUCCACCUGCUUUGCAGUAUUUUGUUGUUGUUGGGUGGGUGGGACUUGCACAACUACAGAUUUGCUGCCUGUCCAUGAGACCAGAAAAGAAAACAAUGGCUUUUAUUUAGAACAACUCCUGGAGUGAGCGUUCUUCGGAUGUACUUGAGACUGAAAUAUUAAGCCUCCCCAGCAGAUGGCCUGCUUUCUCCAUCCUGGAACAAAUUUCCAUACCUCCUGGAUUACAGCAGAUAGUUACUUAACAGUAGCAGCCUGGAGACUGCAAGGCCCAUUUGUCAAUGUAGUUGAAAUGUGAUGAACACAAAACCUUUGCCAGAGCAAAGAGCCGCUGAUGCAGCAUCGGGCAGAGCUGGAUGGAAGUAGGCUAUCUUUGGAUUCAGGAACAAUGGCCAGUUCAGAAGGUGAAUCAGAAAGGGUGAUGGAUGAGAGAAGGCAUAGCUCUGAUAGCACAGACAAGCGUUGUGCUAGGAAACUCCAAGAACAGGCACGCAAGGAGAGCACGACGGGCAGGGAACCAGCGGUGCACUUUGAAGAUAGUGGUGAGAGUGAUGAAGACCCAGAUCCCUCUGAAGAUGCGCUGACUACCUCCGCGAUGGAACUUUCUGUGCUGCAAAGGCUGGGCCUGCAUAGGGUAGCUUUGACAGAGCAGGAUGUGGAGGCAGCUUUUGCACAGUUGGCUCUUGCCUUCCGCUGUGACGUGUUCACGCUGAGGCGGCGAGUGCAGGUGGAAGAGCGAGCGAGGAACACAGCUGAGGAGAAUAUUCAGCAUGAGCUUGGGGAAUGCCGGGCGAUGCUGCAGAAGCUGGAUCAGGCCUGCGUGGACCCCAGGCACAAGGAAUUGGUAGAACAUUUGCAAAGCACUCUUGCCGUCCUAGAAGGAGCAAUUGAACGGGCAACGGGCGCAGCGGAGAAAUUAGGAGCUGUCCAUCAGGAGGCCCGCAUGAGCCGGGCUGCAGAGGUGAUGGUGCAGCACGUUGAGAACCUGAAAAGGCACCACCUGAGAGAGCACACGGAGCUGGAGGAGAUGAAGAGGCUCAUUCAGCAGAACUCGCGUAACCGGCAGCUGGCAGAAAACAGGGACGAUAGUGAGCAGAGACUGAAGCAUCCUCCAAUGCGAAUGUUCCAGCAGGGAUCAGCUCGCCGUAGAGUCAGCAUUGCAGUGAUUCCCAGACAGCUGAUGCACUUUCACAGCCCUGAAAAUGAGCAGAGCUCUGAGGGGGAAGCAAUUAAAUCAACUGCAGUGGAGGAGGAGGAGGAGGUGGAGGAGGAGAACCCAGACAGACAACCCCACAGUCUCCAGGAAGACUCUGCUGACAAUUGCUUUCCCCUGCAUGCAGCAUCUCCCAGCUUCUCCCAGCAGAGCAUGGCAGGGACAACCAGAAUCGAGAGGGAGUCAGAACUUCGGUGCAGAAGCAACAUCAGUAAGACUGUAGAGGAAGAACCCAAAGAGGAAUCAGGCAUUGAGGAACUAGAUGAAGAAUGUGAGGAACUGAGGGGAGAGACGCUUCUGUGCAAAGGAUCUAAAAUGGAGCUUUGCAGAGCCUGGUUCUCUAUGCCCACCUACUAUUGGGUUUUGUUGUGGCUGUUUUUUCUGGGGGUUGCUUGCCUCAUUCUGAUCAGGAUCCUGGAGCUGCAGAAACAAUACCCAUUUACAACCUCUGAUUCUUAAAGUCACAUAAGGAGCAGAAUAACCAUGCCAGGACUUUGCACCAUCAAAAUCCUGGACAGUUUACUUCUGAAAAAUAAAAAUAGAAAGGAG